CCAACUGGCUGCCUUCUGUCAUUUUCUAGGACUGUAGAUGGCACUACAUUUACUAGUUCCAUCAAGGAGAAAACUGUGGCCCGAGCUCUCUAUGCACAGGCAAGAGCCAAAGACAAGCUGGCUGGAUUGGUGAGGAGCAGUGCUCUUGAUAUGGAGAACUUCCAAACCGAAGUGAACAUCCUCCCUGGGGCAAAGGUGCAGUUCGAGCUUCAUUACCAGGAGGCGAAGUGGAGGAAGCUGGGAUCCUACGAACACAGACUUCACCUGCAGCCCGGACGGCUGGCCAGACACCUGGAGGUAGACGUGUGGAUUAUUGAACCUCAGGGAAUAAGAUUUGUUCAUGUUCCCGACACAUUUGAAGGUCAUUUCGAUGGUGUUCCAGUCAUAUCUAAAGGACACCAGAAGGCGCAUAUCUCCUUCAGGCCCACAGUAGCACAGCAAAGAAAAUGCUCCAAGUGCUCUGAGACUGCGGUGGAUGGAGAGCUGGUGGUGAUGUAUGAUGUGCACAGAGAAAAGAAGGCUGGUGAACUCGAGGUAUUCAAUGGAUAUUUUGUACACUUCUUUGCUCCUGAAAACCUGCACCCAAUUCCCAAAAACAUCCUCUUUGUUAUUGAUGUUAGUGGCUCGAUGUGGGGAGUUAAAAUGAAACAAACUGUGGAAGCAAUGAAGACCAUAUUGGAUGACCUCAGAGAGGAAGACCAGUUCUCCGUGGUUGAUUUCAACCAGAACGUUCGGACCUGGAAAAAUGAUUUAGUUUCAGCUACUAAAACACAGACUGCUGAUGCAAAGAAGUAUAUUGAGAAAAUCCACCCCAGUGGAGGCACAAAUAUCAACGAAGCACUUCUGCGGGCAAUCUUUAUUUUGAAUGAAGCCAACAACUUGGGAUUGUUGGACCCCAACUCAGUCUCUCUGAUCAUCUUGGUGUCUGAUGGAGAUCCAACAGUAGGUGAGCUAAAAUUGUCAAAUAUUCAAAAAAAUGUGAAGCAGAACAUACAAGAUAAUGUGUCCUUGUUCAGUUUGGGGAUGGGAUUUGACGUUGACUAUGAUUUUUUGAAAAGACUAUCCAAUGAAAACCGUGGAAUUGCUCAAAGGAUUUAUGGAAACCAGGACACAGCUUCCCAGCUCAAGAAAUUCUACAACCAGGUCUCUACACCAUUGCUCCGGAAUGUUCAGUUCAACUAUCCCCAUUCGUCAGUAACAGAUGUCACUCAGAACAGUUUCCAUAAUUAUUUUGGAGGCUCGGAGAUUGUGGUGGCAGGAAAAUUUGACCCUGAUAAGUUGGAGAAAAUCCAGAGCAUUAUCACCGCCACUUCGGCUAACACCGAGUUGGUCUUGGAAACGCUGGCCCAGAUGGAUGACUUGGAGGAUUUUCUAUCAAAAGACAAGCAUGCAGAUCCUGAUUUCACCAGGAAAUUGUGGGCCUAUCUAACAAUCAACCAGCUGCUAGCUGAGCGAAGCCUAGCUCCUACCGCUGCUGCCAAAAAGAAAAUCACAAGAUCAAUCCUGCAGAUGUCUCUAGAUCAUCACAUCGUGACCCCACUCACUGCGAUGGUGAUUGAGAACAAUGCGGGGGAUGAGCGCAUGCUGGCCGACUCCCCACCACCUGACCAAUCCUGCUGUUCAGGUGCCCUAUAUUAUGGCAGCAAAGUUGCUCCAGGUUCCAUCCCAUCCUGGGCCAACCCUUCACCAGCGCCACUGGUGCCAAUGCGUGCAGAAGGAGCCCAGGUGCUGGAGUCCACGCCCCCUCCACAUGUGAUGAGAG